UACUAUAUAAAAGACCCAUCACCUCGUCCUAUGCUAAGCAAUUAAGCAGCUGCAGGAAAUUAAUUAAUUAAGAUGGCCUCCGCCGAAGUAGAGGGUGACAAAUAUCGCUCCUUCAUUUACGGAGAGAGUGAGAAAAACACUGUCUGGAGGGAUGGUGCUCCCCCAAACUACGAUGUUGUCAACAAGCUCUUCGAAGAAGGUAGAACUCAGGAAUGGCCAGUGGGAUCUCUCGAAGAGAAAGUACAACGCCUUGUGAAGACCUGGGAGAUGGAGAUGGUUCACAAGAUAAGGCCCCAAGACUGGAAAACUAUUAACCCAGACAAAUUCCGCUUCAGCGUAAAUGGUGCAGAAGAGAUAACAGCAAAACAAAUAGGAGAGAGGGGAGGGAGCUACAAUGUGUUCCUGCAGACAACCUUGCCGCCGGAGCUGCGAGUGUUCGACCCGGCGCAGGAGUCGACCGAGACGUCGCAAGCGACCUUCACGACGGCGUUCCCGCGCGGCUUUGCCGUAGAGAUACUGCAGGUCUACAGCGGGCCCCCGAAGAUCGUCUACAAGUUCCGGCACUGGGGCUACUUCGAGGGUCCCUUCAAAGGCCAUGCUCCCACCGGCGAGCUCGCGCAGCUCAUCGGCAUGUCCAUUUUCACUGUUGAUGACGAGAAUCGGGUGGAGAAAGUGGAAUUCUUUUAUGAGCGCGGCGACUUCCUUUCAGACUUCCUCAAAGGUGCACCGAUUGACACUUCAUUGGCUGCUCAGUCGAGCUGCCCUUUCUUGAAGUAGGCCUCGAACGAAGAAGUUUGGAAAGUAAAAAAUCAAGCAAAUCUGCUAAUGAAUAAUCCUCCACAAAAUUACUUGAACUAGUUUCUUUUUUUUGCUUGAAUAAGUUGUUCCGAAUUAGUUCUCAGCAAAAAUAUUACUGAAACUUUUGAAGAUCAAAAUGUUGUACUUUAGUUUAUUACCCCAUGUACGGUGUUAUAAAAUAAAAUGGACGUGUCCGUAUC